GAGCCAGAGGCCCCAGCUACCCGUUUGACCCAAGAAUCAGGCAAGGAGCUCAGUGUGUGACUGGUGACUGGGACGCCACCUCAUGGCGUGGGCCUGGGUUUGUGCCAGCUGUUGCCAGCAGCUGGCCAAAGCUGUCCUACCUACUGGGGUUGGAGCUGAGGAGAGGACCCCCUUGCUGGGCCCUGCUCCUGCUAGCCAGGCCUUAAGGCCCUUAAUACUGAGGGAUCUGAGUACGAGUACCCCAAGUGGUGGGUCCUCCUGCACCCUUGAUGGCUUCAGCGGCACUGACCCCCCUUUUGAGCAGCAUAUGGAGGUGGGCCUCAGCACUGAUAGCAGCUACCCCAAGGGUCCUGGAGCUACUGGGACCUCUUGGCCUGCAGCCGUCCUUCUGGCCGACCUUGAACAGCAUGCAAAGCAGAGGGAGCAUGCCCUUACCAAGGCUGCCUCUGCAGGCCUGGCCCCAGUGAAACCUGAAGCCAGCUGGAGCUCCAGCCCUGGGCCUACCAGCUGUGGUAGGACAAGGAAAGUGGCUGAGGCUGAAACAAGGGGCACAGGCAGUGCUGGGCCUGGGCCGGAGCAACUUUGCUUUCAUGGCAGUCUCGAGACUCCAGAGCCAAGGAAAGGGCAGCUGCUGACUGCACCAGAUCCCCCAUCGGUCAUGCUGUUAAAUGGGGACUGUCCAGAGAGCCUGAAGGAGGAGGGAGUGGCUGACCUACCCAAAGAAAAUGGACAGGAUGAGGGUGAGCCAGGAGAUGAGACCACUGGACAGGAAGUCAUUGUCAUUCAGGAUACGGGCUUUUCUGUGAAGAUUCUGGCCCCUGGGAUCGAGCCCUUCUCCUUGCAGGUGUCUCCCCAGGAGAUGGUACAAGAAAUUCACCAGGUGCUCAUGGACCGUGAGGACACCUGUCACCGUACCUGCUUCUCCUUGCAUCUGGAUGGCAACAUGCUGGAUCACUUUUCAGAGCUGCGCAGCGUUGAAGGGCUGCAGGAGGGCUCAGUACUCCGCGUGGUGGAAGAGCCAUAUACAGUACGAGAAGCCCGCAUCCAUGUGCGCCACGUCCGAGACCUGCUCAAGAGCUUGGAUCCAUCUGAUGCCUUCAAUGGAGUUGACUGCAACUCCUUGUCCUUCCUGAGUGUCUUCACUGAUGGCGACCUGGGAGACAGUGGGAAGCGGAAGAAAGGCUUGGAGAUGGAUCCCAUCGACUGUACUCCACCUGAGUAUAUCCUGCCAGGGAGCAGGGAGCGACCGUUGUGUCCUUUGCAACCCCAGAACCGUGACUGGAAGCCUCUGCAGUGUCUGAAGGUGCUCACCAUGAGCGGCUGGAAUCCACCCCCUGGGAACCGCAAGAUGCACGGGGACCUGAUGUACCUGUUUGUGAUCACAGCUGAGGACCGGCAAGUCAGCAUCACCGCAUCCACUCGGGGCUUCUACCUGAACCAGUCCACAGCUUACCACUUCAACCCCAAGCCCGCCAGUCCCCGUUUCCUCAGCCAUUCCCUGGUGGAGCUGCUCAACCAGAUCAGCCCAACCUUCAAAAAAAACUUCGCUGUGCUGCAGAAGAAAAGGGUCCAGCGUCACCCGUUCGAGAGGAUCGCUACCCCGUUCCAGGUGUACAGCUGGACAGCCCCCCAGGCAGAGCACGCCAUGGACUGUGUGCGCGCAGAGGACGCCUACACCUCAAGGCUGGGCUACGAGGAGCAUAUUCCUGGACAGACCAGGGACUGGAAUGAGGAGCUGCAAACCACAAGGGAGCUGCCCCGUAAAAACCUGCCUGAACGGCUGCUGCGGGAAAGAGCCAUAUUCAAGGUACACAGUGAUUUCACAGCAGCAGCCACUCGGGGUGCCAUGGCGGUCAUUGACGGCAACGUGAUGGCCAUCAACCCCAGUGAGGAGACCAAGAUGCAGAUGUUCAUUUGGAACAACAUCUUCUUCAGCCUGGGCUUUGACGUCCGCGACCACUACAAGGACUUUGGUGGGGAUGUGGCAGCCUAUGUGGCACCCAGCAAUGACCUGAAUGGUGUGCGCACGUACAACGCGGUAGACGUGGAGGGGCUGUACACACUGGGCACAGUGGUGGUGGACUAUCGUGGCUACCGGGUCACAGCUCAGUCCAUCAUCCCUGGCAUCUUGGAGCGGGACCAGGAGCAAAGUGUCAUCUACGGCUCCAUAGACUUUGGCAAGACGGUGGUGACGCACCCUCGGUACCUAGAGCUGCUAGAGCGGACCAGCCGACCCCUGAAGAUCCUGCGGCACCGGGUGCUCAAUGAUCGUGAUGAGGAGGUGGAGCUGUGCUCCUCGGUGGAGUGCAAGGGCAUCAUCGGCAAUGAUGGCCGCCACUACAUCCUUGACCUGCUACGUACCUUCCCUCCUGACCUCAACUUCCUGCCUGUGCCAGGCGAGGAGCUGCCUGAGGAGUGCACUCGCGCGGGCUUCCCCCGCACUCAUCGGCACAAGCUUUGCUGCCUGCGCCAGGAGCUGGUGGACGCUUUUGUGGAGCACAGGUAUCUCUUGUUUAUGAAGCUGGCUGCUUUGCAGCUGAUGCAGCAGAAGGCCAGCAAGGUGGAGACCACUUCCCUGGAGAAUGGCAGUCCCUCUUCAUCGGAGUCCAAGCCUGCAGACCCUCUGGGGCCUGAGGCAGGAAAUGAGGAGGAGGGCAGUAGUGCCAGUGGGCUGGCCAAGGUGAAGGAGCUGGCAGAGACCAUCGCCUCCGAUGACAGCACAGACCCCCGGAGCCGGGAGGUGAUACACAAUGCGUGCAAGGCUGUUGGCUCCAUUAGCAGCACAGCUUUUGACAUUCGCUUCAAUCCUGACAUCUUCUCACCAGGGGUUCGCUUCCCUGAGUCCUGCCAGGAUGAAGUUCGGGACCAGAAGCAGCUACUCAAAGAUGCGGCUGCAUUCUUGCUUUCCUGCCAGAUCCCUGGAUUGGUGAAGGACUGUGCAGAGCAUGUGGUGCUGCCUGUGGAUGGGGCGACCCUGGCUGAGGCAAUGCGCCAGCGCGGAAUCAACAUGCGCUACCUGGGCAAGGUGCUGGACCUGGUGCUGCGGAGCCCAGCCCGCAGCCAGCUAGACCAUGUCCACAAAAUUGGCAUCGGAGAGCUCAUUACCCGCUCCGCCAAGCACAUCUUCAAGACGUACUUCCAGGGAGUGGAGCUCUCCGGGCUCUCAGCUGCCAUCAGCCACUUUCUCAACUGCUUCCUGAGCUCCUACCCCAAUCCUGUGGCCCACCUGCCUGCCGAUGAGCUGCUCUCCAAGAAGAGAAAUAAGAGGAGAAAAAACCGGCCCCCAGGAGCUGCAGAUAACACUGCCUGGGCGGUGAUGACCCCUCAGGAGCUCUGGAAGAAUAUCUGCCAGGAGGCCAAGAAUUACUUCGACUUCAGCCUUGAGUGUGAUUCUGUGGACCAGGCUGUGGAGACCUACGGCCUGCAGAAGAUAACACUGCUGCGGGAGAUCUCCCUGAAAACUGGAAUCCAGAUCCUGCUGAAGGAAUACAGUUUUGACAGCCGCCACAAGCCUGCAUUCACCGAGGAGGACGUACUCAACAUCUUCCCUGUGGUCAAACACGUCAAUCCCAAGGCCUCGGAUGCCUUCCACUUCUUCCAGAGCGGACAGGCCAAAGUUCAGCAGGGCUUCCUGAAGGAGGGCUGUGAGCUCAUCAGUGAGGCCCUGAACCUGUUUAACAACGUGUAUGGAGCGAUGCAUGUGGAGAUAUGCGCCUGCCUGCGCCUCCUGGCUCGCCUGCACUACAUCAUGGGUGACUACGCUGAGGCCCUGAGCAACCAGCAGAAAGCAGUGCUGAUGAGCGAGCGGGUGAUGGGCAUUGAACACCCUAAUACUAUCCAGGAAUAUAUGCACCUGGCCUUGUACUGCUUUGCCAGCAGCCAGCUGUCUACAGCCCUGAGCCUGCUGUACCGGGCCCGCUACCUCAUGCUGCUCGUGUUCGGGGAGGAUCACCCUGAGAUGGCACUGUUGGAUAAUAACAUCGGGCUGGUGCUGCAUGGAGUGAUGGAGUAUGACCUGUCACUGCGUUUCCUGGAGAAUGCUUUGGCGGUCAGCACCAAGUACCAUGGGCCCAAGGCCCUCAAGGUGGCCCUCAGCCACCACCUCGUGGCCCGGGUCUAUGAGAGCAAAGCUGAGUUCCGGUCAGCACUGCAGCACGAGAAGGAAGGCUACACCAUCUACAAGACCCAGCUGGGUGAGGACCACGAGAAGACCAAGGAGAGCUCAGAGUACCUCAAGUGCCUGACCCAGCAGGCUGUGGCCCUGCAGCGCACCAUGAAUGAAAUCUACCGCAACGGCUCCAGUGCCAACAUCCCACCGCUGAAGUUCACAGCUCCCAGCAUGGCCAGUGUCUUAGAGCAGCUCAAUGUCAUCAACGGCAUCCUCUUCAUUCCUCUCAGCCAAAAAGAUUUGGAGAAUCUGAAGGCCGAGGUAGCACGGCGGCACCAGCUCCAGGAGGCCAACAAAAACAGAGAUAAAAUCGAGGAGCCCAUGGCCACCGAGCCUGAGCCAGCAAGGGCCCCAGAGGACCUGGGCUCCCAGCCCCAGGCUGCCAAGGACCCUUCUUCCCCAAGCUUGCAGGGAUAAAAAGGGAGAGACAGAUGGACAGUCAGUGGCCCCAUUACCCGGUGACUCAGACUUCAGGAGAAGGGGGCAUGUCCUGCAGAUUGGGAGAGGAAAAGCCAGUCCCUCUUCUUCCAUGUUCCACCUCUACCCUACCCCAGCAUCCUCCUGGGACCCCGGCCUGGCCUACCUGCUCCCUAAAAGAUGUUUUGCACUGGUUCAAUGAAUAUAUGAUGCAGAGGCCUAAUUGAAGACACAUGGAUGGAGUAUGUGGGCACUGGUUCCGACUGGGGGGCAGGUGCCCCUCAGGCCCCAUCCUCCAGCAUGUGUGUGUGAGUGUUCGGCGCCCGUGAGUGUCUUGAUCCUGUCCCUCCUGACUUGUACAUAGCUCCCAGUCAGUUCUGAGUGAAUGACGUACAGAUGGGAUUUCUCAGGUCAUUUGUAUGUUUGACAUUUUGGCUGCUGCUUUUGCUGCCACUACCCCUGGGCCCAGCCUGGCUUAAAAGUCCAGGUUGUAAGCCAAAAAAAAAAAAAAAAAACAGUAGGGGACUUUCCUGUGUCCUGGGAGGGGGAGCCAGAGCUCUGGCAGGCUGGAAGGCUGUGGGGUGCACUUUAGUUCUGUGGCAAGAUGAGAGCUGCAGUGCCAUCACUAAUCACGGUCGGGCCUGGCCUGCCUGUGGCUUCAGAGUGAGGGGGAAGGGUACGGUGGAUGUGGACCCCCAGAUUUCCAGUUGCCCAGCUCUACCUGUGGGCCCUUGGGUCCAGCAGGAGGCGCUGCCACAAGCUAUGCCUUGCCUCCCAACUCCUCGCAUCCCAUGUGGGGGUCUCCUGGGGGGCCACAGUCUGAAUGUAUCUUCCUCUCCAUUUUAACCUGAGCUGCCUAACGCACAGUGGGGAUGAGGCGGGUUGGGGCUGGGGAAACGGGGCUGAAUCAUGGAUCCUGAGGCAAAAUAACCAGGUGCAGAAAGGAGUGAUUGUCACCUCUCUAGAACCCAGCUCCCUACCUGGCCUUCGCCACACAAGCACCUUCUGAAGAGUAGGCCCAGGGAUGGUGGGGCCCCCACCAGCCCCAGCUGCUCCCCUCCCCUCCUGCCUGUGUUGCUUCUCUGUGCCUCCUGCCGGGAGGGAGCCCUGCCUGGGAGGGCAGGAGGUCCGCUGCCCUGUGAGCCGGGGGAGCCUCUGCCUGGGGUUUUCCGGAGAGCUGCUUCUGGAUCGGGUCUGUCAAGGCACCUUGUUUCAAGGGGAGUGGGCGCGAGCUAGCACGAGGCAUCCCUACAGCCAAUCAAGAACUUUUUCUUGUUUUUAAACCGUCACGUCUUCAUUUCACAUUGGAAUAAAGUGAGUUUUUGAAACCUGC